AUGGCGUACCACUUAAUUGAAAACUUACUAAUUAAACGUUUUGAUAAUCCGAAAUGUACUUUGAAACUGUUGUGAUUACAACCGGCGUGCUUUUACAGAAACCGUCUGCAUCCGACAAGAUGAAUCAGUGCGGACAACAAGCUAUGGUUCCGGCACAGGCCGCAGCGCGUGAGCCGUCGGUUUUCGAGCGCAUCUUCUCGUUGGAAGGGGAUCAGGGCAUUACGAUGGCGGAGUUGGAGGAUCUGCAGCGGCAAUUGGAGGAGCUUCGCCGCACCCGACCGCUGACGGAAACGGAGCUGGAGUGCGUCCGCUACUGGCUGAAUGAACACGGGAUGCGCAUCCGGAGCCUGGAGAGUGGCCUUACCAUUGCGGUGCGCCAAUUUCACCGGGAGCUGCAGCGCGUGCCGUUGUUUACGCAGCAGGUGAUCCAAGAGCUCGGCGUCGUCCAGGAACGGCUGGAAGGCAUCCAGAAAGCCAAUAAGCAACUGAGUGAAGCUCACGACGAGGUUAAUAAACGGCUGGAGCGCAUGGAAGAGGACAUCCGCGUAAUGAAGCUGGACAUUCAAGGAUUCAAGGAUGACCUGCGCGGGAUAAAGGUGGACUUGGGCGGAAUAAAAAAUGGAGUGAAAGAGGUGAAAAAUGACAUUUCUGGGAUAAAGACUGAGUUCCGGCAGGACGUCGCCGAUGUAAAGAAGGAUAUUGCCGACAUGAAGAAGGACAUCGAGGACUUCAAGCAGGAGAUGAAAAAGGACAUCCAGGACUUCAAGCAGGAGAUGAAAAAGGACAUCCAGGACUUCAAGCAAGAGAUGAAGAAGGACAUCGCGGACUUCAAGCAGGACAUCAUGGCGGAGAUGAAGGUCAUCAACGAUAAGCUCACGAAGGCCCUCGCGUACCGUCCAUGCUACGAUCGAAUGCUUACUACAGUCGUUUCACACCUCGGAAGCGCCUUGAACAUGACUCAGCAGCAGUUCGAUAGUAUUGCUGCGGAGCUGACAACCAUCUCCAACGAGAUGGAUGUGGACAUGUGAGCCUUCCCCGCGCCACCGACUGUUUUAUUUUUAUUACGUUUUUUGGUACUUCGUGUACAUUUUUCAGUCGGCGGCGGCGUACAGUUGCGGGUCAAAUUUUUUGGCUUAUGAUUUUUUGACUGUUGAUUUUUCUUGUAAGUAUUACGAAAAAUUUGGGUUAUUUUGCAUUUGAAUGCCGCUGGAAUGUGAAAAUCUGCUGCAGUACUGUAGCGUUGUUUUUGUUGUUUUUUGGUGGAUAACUGCUUUGCUUCGUGAAAUUGUUGGCUUGCAUUUUGCGUUGCAAGCACAUUUGGCGCGCGUGUUUUCUCUAAAGGUGUUCAGCUGUUUUUGCCAUGGC